AUGCAUGUCCUGUUCCCCUGAAAGCCCACUCUCCCCAGAGCUUUCUGGGACAGACAGAUAAUUACAGGCCCCCUGGGAUUCGUCUGUGUGAGGGACAGUGAUGAAACUCUCUACUGUGAGGCCGAAGCCUCCCAGGCUGUGGGAAAAGAGAAACCAGCCUGGGAGUGUUCAGAAACAGACCUGGAGAUCGAAGAUACUGAGAAAUUUUUUACCACUGGACAAAGGGAGCUAUACCUGGAGGCCUGCAAACUAGUGGGUGUCGUACCUGCCUCCAGCUUCAUCCAGAACAUGGAGAAAUCCUACAUGAACCUCAACCACCAUGGGCUGGGCCCCAACGGUACCAAGGCCAUUGCUAUAGCCCUGGUGUCCAACAUGACUGUCCACACCCUGGAGCUGGCAGACAAUUGCAUCAUGGAGGAGGGCGUCUUGAGCCUGGUAGAGAUGCUGCAAGAGAACUACUACCUUCAGGAGAUGAACAUUUCUGACAAUAAUCUUGGUCUGAAAGAGGCUCACAUCAUCUCAGAGUUUCUUCAGAGAAAUACCUCUUCACUCUUGACCCUUCAGCUUGCAGGAAAUAACUUCAAGGACGAGUCUGCAGAGCUGUUCUCCCAAGCCCUGUCGAUCAAUUACCGAAUUAAGACUCUAGACCUCAGCCACAACCAAUUCUCUGAUAAGGGAGGUGAACACCUGGGACAGAUGCUGGGCUUCAACGUAGGGCUCAAGUCGCUGAAUCUGAGCUGGAAUCACUUCCACAUACGGGGAGCUGAGGCCCUGUGCAGUGGCCUCCGGGCUAACGGGACCCUGAAGAAACUGGAUCUCUCCAUGAAUGGCUUUGGAAAUAAGGGGGCUGCAGCCCUGGGGGAGGUCCUCAGACUCAACAACACUCUGGCCUACCUAGACCUCAGCAACAACGACAUCAGCAAUGAAGGAGUCUCCAAAAUCAGCAGAGGCCUGGAGUUCAAUGAACACCUCAGAGUUCUAAAGCUAUUCCUGAACCCUCUGAGUAUGGAUGGGGCUCUUUUACUGAUUCUGGCCAUCAAGAGGAAUGCCAAAUCCAAAAUGGAAGAGCUUGACAUUUCCAACGUGCUGGUGUCUGAGCAGUUCAUGAAAACAUUGGAUGGGGUGUAUGCCAUCCACCCCCAGCUGGACGUGGUGUACAAGGCCGUACAGGGCCUCUCUUCCAGGAAAACGCUCUUCAUGUGGACGAACCCGAUUAAAACGAUCCAGAGCUAUGUAGACCAACAAAAAAUCACCAUCAUGGACUUCUUCAAGAGCUUAAACCCUAAUGGGACGAUGAAGAUGCCUGUGGGCGAGUUCCGGAAAGCUAUGAUACAGCAGGACAAGGUCCCUGUAAACCGGUACCAAGUCAGGGAGCUGAUAAAGAGGAUGGAUGAGAAGACAGGCAUGGUGGACUUCAGGUCAGUCCAGGCCUCAUCUGGCUUCUGCCCCAGGCAGACCCCCACCUUUCCAUAAGGCACCCUGUCUGGGUUGAGCUAAGCUCCAGGGA